UCUCAGAUCGGCUUCACAUCGAAAGCGCAGCGAGUCGUUCGUUUUUCAAAAGAUCUAAAACUUGAAAUCUCCUAUGGACAAAACGGAACUCAGUGACCUACCGGAAGAGCUCCUGCCGUGCAUAUUCGAACACCUUCCGCUUCAGGAUCUAAAGAAUGCUUCCCUGGUGUGCAGUGUGUGGUGCCAGGCAGCCUUUUCAGGGCGGAUUCUCAGCCGGAUAAUGCUCAGGGUGGACUUUCGGGACGGAAUACAGCACCAGUAUCGACAGUACCUAGUGGAGAGCACCCGCGCAUAUCGGAACGUUGGAUUCUACUACCGGAGCGAUCAGUUGGAUUUGGAUGUGCUGCUGACGGUGUUGCAAAAGUUUGAGGAAUCCAUUGUCAGUUUGAAGAUUUGUCCCAACUACUUCAUCAUGGUACACGAUUUGCAGCAGAUGCUGGUACAGGUACCCAAUCUCGAAAGUUUGUACGUCGUAUCCCGGAUAUGCCCGGAGCUGGGCAACCGAGAACCGGGGGAACCCUUCCCCGUGAUGCGCAAACUCAAACAUCUGUACCUGGAAAACGACGCCGGCCUCCAGCUGGACGAGAUCGACUUUCGCACUAUGACGCCCAAAAUAACUAGUCUGGACAUGGAUUGUGACUCGCAACGGGCCCUGGCAGUGUACGAUCACUUCAGCUCACAGCUACGAGAGUUGGCUGUGUUCUUCAAAAGGGACGAUUUCUUCCUUCCCUUCUGUGAGCUGCAAUUUCCGCUCCUAGAAGUUCUCGACUUUUACUGUGACGAUCAACAGUUUGACGUGCCGACAGCAGUCCAAGCGGUGAGUAAUUUUUUUCGACGGUUACCAAAGCUGCGAAGGAUAACACUCCGAUGUAACGUCAAUGAGGACGUGCUGGCAGCCAUCACCGAGAGCUGCCCUGAAUUGACGACUUUGUACCUGAAGGGAGAUAACUUGGGUGAGAAAUCGUUUCGCCAUUUAGGACAACUGAAAAAGAUGAAGUGCUUAAAAGUCGAGGGUUGGAUUCGGUGUAAUAUUCUUCAAGGUUGCAGCCCUAUUCCCUCGCUACGGCAACUGUAUCUCCACUCGGUACUUAUUGACGAUACUCAAGGGUUUUUCCAGUUGCUGAAGGACAUCGCCCCCAAUCUGCAAAUACUGGAAGCUAUCGAAUCGGAUAUCGACGACGAAUGUCUGAAUUACAUCAGCUGUAAUAUCAACUCUUUGCGAUGUUUGGUAUUAGAGUUCUGUCCAAAUCUCACUGAAGAAGCGUUUAGCUUCCUGGACCGUUUGAGCCAAUUGCAUGAGCUCAAGCUCGGUUACCUGGACGUACCGCCAAACCUUUUAGAACUGAUCCCUCGUAACUCCAUCAGGCGCUUUUCGCUGUAUCGCUGCGACAAACUCGAUGACGCUAUUUUACCCAUGGUGCCCGAAAAGUUUCCCAACCUUAGUCAUAUGGAGAUUGCCAGCUGUCACCGGAUCACACUGGAAGGUGUCGAGCUGCUGCGUCAGCUGAUGCCGGACGCCGAUAUCGACAGUUUCAUGCUUUUCUAGCUAAACGGGAAAACUACAGGCUACUAUACGGUGUACUUUGAGCGGAUGCACAGCAAACGGGAGAGGCAGCGGGAUGAAGUGUGACUCGGGUCCACAGUCCAAACAGUUGACCAUAUUUUUCUUAAACUUUGAUGUAAGGUAGACAAGGGCGUAGUAGGAUUUGGCCGAAUGCCGAACACCGUUUGGCUACGCCUAAGAAGGUAGCUAUAAUUCUGAUCUGUUUGUAAUUUGCUGUA